AUCCAACAGAAGAAGAAGAAGAAGAAGAGCGGCGCGCGGGCGGUGCUUACGUAAGGAGAGGGAAAUCCAAAACAGAGUCGAUGACGCUGCUUCGCCGAGAGCUGUGAAACUGACAUUUCGAUUAAGAUAGACAGUGAUUAUCAAGUGCACAGCUGAUAAAAAAAUGCAGAGGGCUUCUCGUUUGAAACGUGAACUUCAAAUGCUAAGCACCGAGCCCCCCCCUGGGAUAACAUGCUGGCAGACCGAAGAUCAGAUAGACGACCUCCGGGCACAGAUACUGGGUGGAUCAGGAACUCCUUAUGAUGGUGGAGUCUUCUCCUUGGAGGUCAAGAUUCCAGAGAGGUACCCGUUUGAGCCUCCCAAAAUACGAUUCUUGACUCCAAUCUACCAUCCAAACAUUGACAAUUCAGGACGGAUCUGCCAUGAUGCUCUUAAACUGCCACCAAAGGGUGCCUGGAAGCCAUCUCUAAACAUCUCCACAGUCCUCACUUCCAUACAGCUACUCAUGGCGGAGCCAAAUCCAGACGACCCCCUGAUGGCUGAUAUAUCAUCGGAAUUCAAAUACAACAAACACCUGUUUAUGGAGAAGGCCAGGAAGUGGACACAAGAACAUGCCGUCCAGAAGAAUUCUGGUGUUGUGGAUGGCAACAAAGAAAAUACUCCUGAUCAGAAAGCAUCAACCCGAAAAAGAGAAGCGCACAGUGUGCAGCAGGAAGCAGAAGAUCCAGCAAAGAGAACCUGUGUGUAGUUUCCACCUCACCUGAGAAAACUGCCACCUUGUUAGAACUGUGGUAUUAAUUUUAUACACAGAUGUAAGACUUGUCUUCCUGUUUUUAAAUGUAUGUGUAUGUAUGUAUGGCUGUAUGUAUAAUGUGCGUGCUUGUGUUGUGACAUUAAAGUUUCAUUUUAUUAAUGUA